UAAAAAUGAUACGAUAUAUGACUUCUGAUACUUCCCUUGCAUUUGAGUGAAAAUCUCAUUAUAUGAUUAUGCCCUUUCAGAGAUUUCUUAACACACUCUGUGGCACACACUGUGGGUGUUACACUUUCUGCACUCGAAACGAAAUAGGCACAUAAUCAGAUAUUUCGUGAAAGAAAGACGAAAGACGAACAGUGCAACGAAUUCAGUUAGCAAGGUGCAAGAGGCAAAUCUACAAAAAUACGCUUUGUCUCAGCAUGAUGAUAGUUGGACACGCUGAGCCGCGAUUCCGAGAUGUUUAACUUCAGGCCUGAUUAAACGUCACCGUACUCCCUUGUUUAUAUUCGGUGAUUCGAUUACCGUGGAGCGACCAAGGUUUACUUAUCGCGCGAAGGCAUGCGAUGCGAUGCACGUGCGUGACAUUGUCACAUUGACAGGCAAUUCGACUACCUGGCCAUAUCUAUGAGAACUCUCAAUCGCGAAACGGUCGACAUUACGACGACGACAUUGAAAGUACACCGGAAGAAUGGCAGAAGAUGAGAGGCAAAUUAGAAUGGCUGCUGAAGCUAUAUUAAGUGGCUCGAUCAAUUCUCAAAGGAGUUCGGUUACUCAGCACAGCAUGACACGAACGCCGGAUAUUGUUCUCAGUGAGGACCUCAUCGCAGGAGCGAGGCAUAAUGGCAGAAUGUCCAAUGUUAGACGAUUCUUUUGCCUCUUCAUCACUUUCGAUCUUCUUCUAACAUUCCUCAUGUGGCUCAUUUGUACAAUGAUUGCAGGUGAAAGUUUAAAUAUAGCUUUCUCAGAUCAAGUGAUACAUUAUCAUAUAAAGACAUCUUUGUUCGACAUUGUGAUGGCAGCGAUUUGCAGGUUCACGGUCUUGUUGCUCUUUUAUGCGCUGUUAUAUCUCAACCAUUGGAUUAUUGUAGCUAUAUCAACUGCCACAACAUGUGCCUUUUUAAUUGCCAAAGUUUUUCUUUUUGAUUGGACAUCAGCUAAUCAACCAGUAUUCCAAGUUCUAUUAAUCUUGACAUCUUUUGUAUUAGCGUGGGCAGAGGCUUGGUUCUUUGAUUUUCGCGUCAUACCUCAGGAAACUCAAGCGAGAAAUUGGAUUCGAAAUUUUCCGGAUACAGAAAGAACUCCAUUAUUACAAGACAUUAUUACUGAAUCACGACAAUAUGGGGCAAAUGUCGAUCAUCGAUUCUUUACACCUGUGGAGUCUCCGACUCAUUCUGAUGAUGAGGACAUCCCUAGAAAACAAGAAGAUUCAAGGAAGCUCUCAAAAUCGAGUGAAAUAUUUACGUUUCUAUCAAAACUUACACCUGAUAAGAUUGAUGAGUAUAAAGAGAGAGCAUCCAAGAUGUCACAAAAUUGUUAUGACUUGUUAACAUCGAAAGAAUGGAAAAUUACAACUACAUCAAAGGAAGGCGAUGAAAUAUCCUGUUUGCAAUUUCUUCCAGAAUGGAUACCGGAUGGAAAAGUUAUGAAAAUCUCGGGUAUUAUCGAUGCACCUGCUAGCGUAGUGAUAGAUUUGUUAUUUGAUCAUGUCGAAGAAUUGACAUCGUGGAAUAAAUUCUUGACAGAAUCAUUAGAAUUACAGCGUAUUGAUGAAAACACGGAUAUUGUUUACCAAGCAACAAAUCCUUAUGGCGGCGGACUCAUUACGGCUCGAGAUUUCGUGACUUUGAGGCAUCGUAAAAAAUUCGGCGACUAUUAUAUGGUUAGUGGUGUAUCGGUUCCUACUGCGUCAGUAAAACUUCGUCCCAACGUGACAAGGGGUGAAAAUGGUGUAACAUGUUUUGCAACGGAGGAAUUGCCUGACGAAACUAACAAAUGUCAUUUCACUUGGAUUCUGAAUACAAGUCUUAAAGGCUGGAUACCACAAACUGUUGUGGAUAGAUCUAUGUCUAGUGGUUUCGUAGAUUUCAUGACAUACAUGAGAAAACACUUGAAUGACCUGCAAAAAUCAUCAAUCUAGUAUACAGUGUUACUCAUAAAAUCAAUAAAUUAGAUUACUUACUUUUUUUAUGUAUUAGCUUUAUAUUUUUUUUUUUAUUUCAAUAUAUGUUGAUAUUGUAUAUAAUAUGUAUACAUAUGCGCGUACACACAUCACACAUAUACACACACAAACGCGUGCACGCGCUUAUACCACCUACACAAAAUAAUAUUAAAAUUCAU